AUGGGUCCAGCAGGGCCUACUCCUCAGCACCAAGAGAACCAUCGGCCUGGAUCACACCGCGAUUAUAGAGAGAAUGAAUCCUACUCUUCAGCACCAAACAGAAGAGCGGAUCGCAAUCCAUCUCCAACGAGGAUGCAAUAUCCUUCGUCAUCCACCCGAGCCCAUAGCCCACCGGGAUCACGACAUGAUGCAAGAGAAACUCUUCCAAGCACAUCAGCACGAGGCACAAGAGUAGAUCGCCCAGUUUUAUCAUCUGUGGGAUCGAGUUCCUUGCCUGCAGAUUGGAGAAGAGCGCCGAGGUCACAUCCUUCUGAACGCAAACGACCGAAGAAAAAAUCUGAAGACUCGAACGCUAUUGGUCGUUCUGCGGCAUCACAUACCCGUCGCCAGAAGCCAUUGCCAAACCGCCAGCAGAGACAGAAAACCAAUGGCAAAGGCCGCGGUCCUGAGAAUUCCGUCAGUUGUGAUGCCUUCGACAAUGCCCACAACACUCAACAAAAACCGGCUACCGUUAAUGCAAAAGCUCAAGCAGCAGGUGAUAAGGCCAAUGGGAGCAAAAGGCCACGCCGGUGUUCAAUGACCCCACAAGCUAUAUAUGAAAGAGCGAAGUAUGAUAAACGAGUAAAGGAAGGCCGCUGUGUUCAAUGUGGGGUGCUGCUUACGAGAAAGGAUAGAUCCUCAAGAUAUUGUGAGAAACAUAGAAAACGAAAAAACUGGGAUAUGAGUGAGGGUCGCAAAUUGAAAUGGAUCAAGGGUCAGUGCAAGGACUGCCCGCGGCCGGCCGUAAAGGGAGGCAGGCUUUGUAAACUUCACCGUGACCUAAGAGCCCAGGCUGAGCGGGAUAGAAGAAGACUGUGGCAGACCCUGACGCUGCAAACUCGGAAUCGGAGGGUUCGCAAGACCAGACAGAUGGGAAGGAGUUCUCAGGAGGGGAAUCUACGGAUACUGGAGAGGAUGACUCUGAUAUGGAUGGAGCUGCCCACGAGCAACUGGAUUCUUGCUUCUGAGGAUUACGGGACGAAGAGUUAUGGGGUGUAA